AUGAAGAUUUUACUUGAAAUUCAAGUGUUGCGGUCUUCAUGGAGCAUCCAGACACUCUACAGAUUAUUCCACCAGUGUCAUAAGACUUUUGCACCUUUGAAUCUCUCAGAUUAUGAAGCCAUCAGUCGUUGUGAACAGGAAGUGCCUGAGUACUUCAAUUUUGCAGGUGAUGUGCUGGACAAGUGGUCUCAAAUAGAAAAGGAACGAAAGGAACCAUCAAACCCAGCUCUGUGGUGGAUAAAUGGAAAAGGAGGUGAAAGGAAAUGGAGCUUUGAAGAGCUGGGCUUUGAGUCACGAAAAGUGGCCAAUGUGCUCUCUGGCCCGUGUGGUCUGCAAAGAGGAGACCGAAUUAUAGUGAUUCUACCCCGAAUCCCAGAGUGGUGGCUGCUGAAUACGGCUUGUAUGCGAACAGGUGUUGUCUUCAUCCCAGGGACAACACAGCUGACAGCAAAAGACAUUUGCUAUAGAUUGCUGGCUUCCAAGGCUAAGUGUAUUGUUACAAUUGAUGAGCUUGCUCCUGCGGUGGACUCAGUUGCAUCCAAGUGCCAGUUUCUGAAAACAAAGCUAAUUGUAUCUGAAAGCAGAAGAGCUGAGUGGCUUAACUUCAGUGAUUUGUUCAAGGCUGCCUCUGCUGUCCAUAACUGCGUGAAGACAAGAAGCCAGGAUCCAAUGACAAUCUAUUUUACUAGUGGUACCACAGGCUUCCCCAAAAUGGUUGAACAUUCCUAUGGAAGCUUUGGUCUGGGUUUUUUUAUCUGUGGAAGAUAUUGGAUGAAUUUGACUCCCUCAGACAUCGUGUGGAACAUGUCAGACACUGGCUGGAUAAAGGCAGCUAUUGGGAAUGUUUUUGGUCCAUGGUUCCAGGGUACAUGCGUUUUCGUACAUGCUAUGCCACAGUUUGAUCCAAAAGUAAUCUUAAAUACCUUGUGCAGGUAUCCAGUGACCACUCUGUGCAGCGCCCCAACUGUCUACCGUAUGUUGGUACAGCACGACCUCACCAGGUACGCAUUCAAGACACUGAAGCACUGUUUGAGUGGAGGGGAACCAGUCAACCCAGAAGUGAUGGAACAGUGGAAAAGCCAAACAGGACUGAAUAUCUAUGAAGGCUAUGGCCAAACAGAAAUUGGAAUGAUAUGUGGAAAUAUGAAAGGAAUGAAAAUUAAGCCAGGUUCCUUGGGCAAGGCAGCUCCCCCCUAUGAUGUUCAGAUUAUAGAUGAAAAAGGCAGUGUUCUGCCUCCUGGGAAAGAAGGAGACAUUGCUAUCAAAAUUGAUGCCAAGCGGCCGUUCACUUUUUUCACUCGAUACGUGGAUGAUCCAGUGAAAACCGCUUCAACAAUCCGUGGGAACUUCUAUAUCACUGGAGACAGAGGGAGCAUGGAUGAGGAUGGUUAUAUAUGGUUUAUGGGGAGAUCUGAUGAUGUCAUCAUCUCCUCUGGGUAUCGUAUUGGACCAUUUGAAGUAGAGAGUGCCCUGAUAGAGCACCCAGCUGUUGUUGAGUCAGCUGUUGUCAGCAGCCCAGAUCCCAUCAGAGGCGAGGUGGUAAAAGCUUUUGUGGUCUUGUCUCCUUCCUUUAAGGCACAAGAUCUAAAGAAACUGGCCUGUGAAUUGCAAGAUCAUGUCAAGAAAGUCACUGCUCCAUACAAGUACCCCAGAAAGAUUGAAUUUGUCGAGCAGCUGCCAAAGACAAUCACUGGGAAAAUCAGACGGAGUGAACUGAGGAACAAAGAGCGUGGACAGAUUUAG